AUGGUAAAGAAAUGUCAUUAUAAUUUACAAAGUCAAAAAAUAUAUCUCUCAGCUGAAUUGAACCUAUGUAAAAUUCACAAAAUGUUUUAUGAAGAACAUCUAAAUAACAAUGUAGCAUACGAAACAUAUCGAAACUUGUUCAAUAAAAACUUUAACAUCAUUCGGUUAUCCCAGGAUGGAUACAUGUUCUACUUGCGACGAAUUCCAAGCAGUAAAAAGCAUUUAGAAAUUAAAAUUUCUUCUCUGCCCGAUGGUCAUGAAAAAUCUCAGGUUAUGUCUCAACUUAGAAAAUUGGAAAUCUUAGCUCACAAAAAGAGAGCUUAA